CGAAUUUUUGAAAAGUUACUCAUGUGCAGCACAGUGAGCAAAGGGUGGUUGCAAGUCAACCAUGCAGAAUUCCUUUUCAUCCACAACGACUUGACGCACGGGCGAGGGAAUGCGAUAGCCUGUAAGAAAUUCUCAAACUAUCAUCUUGAUUUCGGUACCAUAUUUUGCGCUAAAAGGUCAUUUGUAUGGAGGCAAACGAACAUUUAUUUGAACAUGGCAGACAUCGACCGACGCUUGAAGAAUUAUUUGGGUCUUUCAUUGAAGCUUCUGGAUGCCAAGAAACUCUGGCUAUAUUUCAUAACAUUAAAAAUUCAAUUGACUUAGGAGAAAAUGAGCAUUCUGAAGUUUACGAAAGAUUAAAAACUCGCUUAACAAGCUGGAGAUGUCAGUCUUUAUGGGACUUACUCGAUGCAAGAGCUAAACAUGUCGAGUAUGGAAAAGGAAAAAUUUGCAAUCAUCUCAGUGUUUUGAUAAUAGGUGGUGGGCCUAUCGGAUUGAGAACUGCUAUUGAAACAGCAUUGCUGGGUUGUCGCACUGUGAUUGUUGAAAAACGGAGAGAGUUCACCCGAAACAAUGUUUUGCAUCUAUGGCCUUUCUUGCUGACUGAUUUCCGAGGCCUUGGCGCCAAAAAGUUUUAUGGAAAAUUCUGUGCUGGAUCCAUCGACCACAUAAGUAUCAAGCAACUGCAAUCCAUUUUGACGAAGGUAUGUCUGAUGCUUGGCGUUGAAAUACACACGGGUGUUGAGUAUAAGGAUCUCAUUGAACCGACGCAAGAUCAUGGGUGGAAAGCGCAGUUUUCUCCUUACAAAGAAAGGCUGGACAAGUUCGUCUUUGAUGUUGUUGUUGGAGCUGAUGGAAAGAAGGACAUGCUUCCUGGGUUUCGCCAAAUUGAAAUGCGGGGUGCACUAGCUAUUGGAAUCACGUGCAAUUUUGUGAAUGAAAAUACGAUGGCAGAAGCUGGAGUGGAAGAAAUCAGUGGGGUCGCGUAUCAAUUUAACCCUCAGUUUUUUAACGAUCUCAAUGCGCAAUUUGGUGUUGGAUUGGAGAAUAUUGUUUAUUACAAAGAUGAUACCCACUAUUUCGUCUUCACUGCAUUAAAAUCAAGUUUGUUGAAAAGAAAUGUUUUUAAGCAGGACUUCUCGGAUCCUGGGAAGUUGUUAGAGAAGCAGAACAUAGACCUCGAUCAGCUGAUUCAAUUCGCAUUGGAUACUGUUCACUAUGCAACUAAAUACCAACUGCCACAAGACUUGAAGCUCGUGCAAAAUGCUAACGGCACUCCGGAUAUUGCAGUCUUUGAUUUUACGUCAUUGAAAAAGGCCGCGAACGCGUCUCGAAUUGUGGAGAGGAAAGGGAAGCGUCUGCUAAUGGCUUUGGUGGGAGACAGCUUGUUGGAGCCAUUUUGGCCUACUGGAUCUGGCUGUGGCCGAGGUGUCCUCACUGCGCUUGAUACAGCUUGGAUGAUUCGGUUAUUGGGCAUUAAGAUGUCACCCCUUGCCGUUCUCAGAGAGAGAGAGAAUGUUUUCAAACUUCUACCGGGAACUGAUUCGAACAACCUGCAAAAGAACCACAAGGCGUUUACUAUAAAUCCGUCCACGAGGUAUUCGAACCUAAACCAGGUGCAGUCGGUCAAUGCUGCCUCUUUAAAGAAGCUUUAUGAUACUGACGACCCUGAAAAUGCAGACUAUAGUCUCCCAGACUCUGUUGCUCCAUCAAAGUUCGAAAUCGGUCGCGCUGCUACAAUGCCGCCUCCACGUACUAGAAGAAAAUCUGGUGGCAAGAGGCGUUUAAGCACCUCAGCGAACAAGAGAAGAUCUGACAGGACCACGUUAAGGGAAGCCAGACAUGUCUCAAAAACAAUGGCAAUGUGGGAGAACAAGAUGCCCAAGAAAGCAGAACCUGGAGGGCCUAUGAAGAAAACUAAGCCGUCGCACUCUGGGUCUGGAUCGUCAAGUUUAGAGAGCGUUUCAGAAAGUGAGCAUGAAGAAUCUGGUGCGCCUUACCAAAGAGCCAGGGUGCUACGGGUUAGACAGCAAAGCAACGAGGCACUUUCAGACGUUUUCACAGGUAGCAGUGCCGAUGAACUGGGAGAAAUUGAACGGAAAAUGCUGUUACCGGACAAUGAUAGCGCAAUUGAAGGCGCAUCUGCUGUGUGUAAAACCUCUGAAGACGCUUCAAUGGCAAGCGAACAAGGUAGGGGUGAGAAAGUACAUCACAAAGGGGGGAUCUUUCGAAGGCUUUUGGGGAAAGGUCAUGGCCAUCACGACGUACAAAGACGAAAGAGUAUAGCUGCCAGAAAAUCAAUCAGCAAGGCAAGACGAAAUAGGCGCAAGUCGGGCGUUGGAAGCCAGUCUAGCCAAUCACAGCCUGAAACUGAUAACACAGCAUUGCUUCCAAAGCAUGGCCACGAUUCUGUGACAGUUCGAAAGAGACCUCAAAGAGCCCAGGUUGCUGGUGAACAAGGGGAAUCGGCAUUCAAAGUACCUUCAAUACCGGCAGAAAAGACUGACGAUACGAAGGUAUCCGCAAGAAGCCUUAUAGCUGCUGCUGAAGCCAGAGACCAGCAAAUGGAGCGUAGAAUGGGUGUUGGUAAGAGCGACUCACUCAAGCGGAAGGCUGACGAUACAUCGGGGGAUACAAGCAAUGAAAGUGUUCCUUGGACCCAUUGUUUACCUGCUGUAGAGCCAUUCUUGCAGAAGGAGGGACAGAAGAAAGAUGAUGCACAACCUGUAAAACACGCUUCUCAACUAGCAGGAUUGCUUCUCCUUUCUGUGCCACUGUUGUUGCCUUGUCGAACCAGAUUGGUUGGUAAACAUUCAAGUAUGCUUGCUGAAAAACGAAACACCCUCUUUCGCUCUUCUGUCGAGAAAAGGGAGACAAGAAAGAUUUCUAUGACUCGUGCUGGCAGUGUACAGCGAGCUGUGGCUCAGAUUAAAACAAAAUUGGAGCAAGACACAUCAACGUCGAAUUAUGCAGAUUUUAAACGUAACAGGUCAUCGGGAAGUUUUAAAAGGGAUUCGCUUCAUUCUAGUGGCAAGACUUCACCGUUUCUGUCACAAUCAGUUGAGGAGACUCAGUCGUCACCACUAGACGUUUCCCUGAAUACAGAUGAAUACGAAAUCAUCGAGGUGAAGAGCGCUGUCUUUCAGCCUAAAGAGAUCCUGAGAAUAGUCGACGACUUUGAUGUGAUAUCUGGCAGCGAAGUGAAAAUGGAAUCAUUCGAUCAACCAGACUCAGGCAGACCAAAAAAGUUGUUGAAAAAACCCGGACAGCCAAAGACAGAGGGCAUUAUACGUGAUAUGUUAUCACAGAUAUGCAGGGGCCAAAGACUCACGUCUGUGCAGAUAACCUUGGAAAUCUUAUGCGGGAUUCACAGGUCUAUCGCGAAUAAUCCAGGAGUCGACAAAUAUUAUCGAAUUUAUACAAAGGGAAAAAACUUUGAGAUGUAUGUGUGGAAUAGUGAUAUUUGUCGAAAGUUUCUUAAGCACAUUGGCUGGGAAGUUUGUGGCAGCUUUAUCGUCCUGUCAAAGAGUGUACGUGUACAAGAACCUUUGAAGUUUAUUGACGAAGCUAAGAGUGACGUCGAACAAUUGCUGAGAAACCGCUCAAAAUCAAACACAGGGGAGGCCUCACUCCAGCUUGCAGAAUCGGCCAUAUAUUCCGUGCCAAAUGGUGGUUCGAAACCUGUUAAUAAAGAGGGUAGAGACUCGAUCGAUGGACUGAGUGCACCACAUUCGGCUGACGACUUACCUGAUGGUAUUAAACAAACAAUAAAUUGCGCAGGAUUUGCACAUCAAGCUGGUAUCGCAAAUGUUGCACAUUUGGCUGACAGUUCUGACAGGGAAACUAUAGAUUCGGAUUCGUUGGAGGAUCAGGUUGAGUCUUCAGAAGGUUACAUCGGAGACGAAGAAUAUCUUAUUGUUGAUUUUGCUAAAGAAAAGAUACAUCUUUUGAAUGAAGGUAGUGGCAAGGCUUUAAAGAAGAUGGAAGAUGAAGUUUAUGGUAAAGAUGGAAGGCGGAGAAAAAGGAGAAGUUUUGGGAGUAAAGAAGGCAAAGGAAUCGAAGAUACAGUUUUGGAGACGCGAGUCCCCGUUAGGAGAAGGCUUCAAGAGCGUGGAGCCAGCUAUGAUUUGGGUCAACAUGAACCCGUUGCAGACUCUAAGCUGCAGCCAACAAUUUCGAAGAAAAAUGCCGGAGGAACUGAGGAAAAAUCAAGCGAAGUUGUGUAUGAUGAAGGAGGAAGGCGAAGGCGUGCAAAAGUUUCUGAUCAUCGUCCAAAUAACUAUGAAAAAUCGACUGUUUCUUUUACGAAAACAGAUAUUCCAGAAACAGAUGACUCUUACGGCGAACGAGGCAGGCGAAAACGAGACCGUCAUGCUACAGAAAAACAACCCCCGUCUACCAAGCCCGCUUUUAGGGGGUCACAAGUGCCCAGUGUAUCUCGUGGUACACUCGAUACCGCAACAACACACAGCAAAGCUAAGGAUAACGAAUCAAAACGACUUACUGACAGGGAAAAGAAAGCCUGUGAAAUGGAUCAAACAGAUUUGAGUGAAAACAGAUUAUUGUGUCCGAAUGAGUUGAUAAAAGACGAUGAAAGUUCACAGGAAAAAGCAAAAACCGACCCAGUUUUCUCGCGACUCGAGGUAUUGCGAAGGGAGAGCGACUCGUCUGGAAGCGACAGUGGCAAGAAAAAGAAAUUAGUUUUGAAGCGAGGAUCCAUGAGAAGAAAGAAACAACAAGAAUCCGAGCAAAAUUCGAACAGUGGUUCAUCGGAAACAGACAAUAAAUCAAAUAGUAAUAGCUGCAAGCAGGACAACAAAGAUAAUUCGAUGAACAAAAUUAUGAAGGAAGACAAAAUUCAAGGGGAUUCAGAUGAAACUUUGCACGAGGCACCGGCAUCAAAGCCUACUUUGAAGGUUUCAGAUUUCUCAAAGGUUUCAUUGCAGGAGAAUGAUAACAAAAUUUCAAAAGAAUCUGAAAAAGUUGAAGCUCCAUCGGAAAUAACAGGAAAGUCAGGAAUAAAGGAAAUAAUUGCACGUCUAAAUGAGACCAAGUUAAACAACGAGAAGGAUGUGGUUAAGGAGGGUAGCGUAGUUUCAAAUGAUUCAACCUCAGUCAUUUCAACGGAAAUUGGUGAUGAUAAGGCUCUAAAUGGUUUAGGGGGACAUGAUAAAGAACGAAAGAAGGAAAAGAAACGAAAACUUGUCUUAAAAGUUAAACGCAAGAAGGCUAAAAGCGAUGAAGAUUCAGACAAAACAACUCCAGCGCCACCUGUCGAGACACGUGACCCAAAACCGGGGGUUAACAAAGAACCUGUCAGAGAGAAGGCUAAGGAAGGGAGUGUAUCUAAAGAAAAUGGAAUUCGCAAAAUUGGGGUUGAAAACAAGAUGGAGAAGUCUGUUAGUCAACAAAUUGUAAAAAAUAAUCUAGAAUCGUCGAAAGUGGGAAAGGUAGAGGUAGAGAAGAAUGACUUUGUCAAAAAAAUUGAGAAUGGAGAAGACAAGGUUGCAAAGGAAGGACAGGAAACUGUAAAUGAAAAUGAAAACGAUAGUAGUCACCCAAAAAAGAAGAAAUUUGUGUUGAAAAGGAAAAAGAAAGCAACUUCGUGAAUAGUAAUAAAUUAUUUGCAAAUAGAUUGUAAUUUUUGAUUAAUUUAGAUUGAAAAAUAAAUUUGUAUCUCUUAAAGAAUUGUUAAUACGCAAGGUUUUACCUCUGGAUCGGUGUAAUGUAAGUGGUAUAUAUCGAAAGGGGCAACUAGAAUUUGAAAUUUUAGGGGGUAUUUAAUUGUCAAGUAAGCUAUUUUGGGUAUGUAUUUUCAGGUUGGAAGGUAGGAACCCUGAAUGGAGGGUAGAUUUUUGCGAAUUGUUCAUAAAACCAGAAUCAAGUUAUCUAAGUAAAUAAAAAGAAAAAGGGCCCAAAUCAUGUAUUUCUGUCCAACUUGAAACCCUUUCGAAAGUUGAGACAAUCAUGCAUUCGGGAACUAAUCAUAGCAAAGCAGAAAUAUGGAGUUAUUCUGAUACCAGAGACGGGAUAGAAAUGAAAGGGGACUUAAAAGCACCAGGCCAUUUCCCCGUCCACAGCUUUGUCUGAAAAGGGGCUAAAACUCCUGAUAUCCUUUCAUGUUUGUCUUCUUCUCGAAUCUGUAAUCGUAGGCCUGAACGAUGAAAUGAAACUAAAUUUCUGCAAGGGAGUUGAAAGUUGGAAAAAGGCUCGAAUUUUCAAUCUAAGUUUUUCGAAUUAUUUUGUAUGCUUUUAUUAUUUGUUUUAUUUUUGCGAGACUUUUGUAAAUCAUCGUUACUUUUUGCCACAUACCUAUUUCACCCAUGCCUCUAUCAGGCUCGCACCUGUCAGCAUAUCAUAAAUUUAUUUUCUGUUGAAAAAUGGCGAAACAAAACCAACGAAAUUUUCAAUUUUUCAUAUUCUAUUCCCAAGUCAUCUGUAUUUUAUCAUUAUACGUCCUUAAUUUAGCAGCUUGCCGAGAAUGAUGUGACAUUGGCAUGCAUGUGCUUCGCAAACAAACUUGUCAAUCCUUAUAGACAUUUUACAGUUUGCUGUUUUUCCUCAAGUUGACCAUGCACUGGCUUGUUUAAAAAACGCCUUAUAGUCAGACGACUGGCCAGUGUCAGGUUUAUGCAUGCCCUCCCAUGAACACAAAUGAUAUGUUUUUGUUAUAAAGUUCCCUCACGUAGCACGCAAAUUCAAUCUUAAUGUUGACGCCAACCAUGAAACGCUCUUUUUUAAACACCAAUACCUGAUCUCAUGUUAUCUUUAUCCGUCAUGAAAUUUCCCAAUAGAACACUAUUUAUUGAAUCAUCGUUUAUUCAGUGGUGCAGUGCUAUCAAUAUAACAAGGGGAGCUCUUUUCCACAUUUAGAAAGCAUUUCCCAACUCAGAUAACUUGAAAUAGUUGAAACCUCCUGACCCACAAUUUAACUGUAGAAUUCAAUGUAACAGAAGAUUAACUGUAACGAAUUUAAACCGUCCGUACAAACCGCGUACCGCUUUCUUUCUUAUUUGUUGAGUUAGUCGCCGCUCUGGUCAAUGUAACGAUUAAAAUUCUAUGGACCAAAUAUUAUUUCGAUUAAAUUAAAUGGAUCGAAUAUUUUUUGAGGGCCAAGAUUAGAUCUGUUUUAAGCUUCUCGAUACUUUUAGUGGAACAAAAAUUGAUAAACACCACAAUCCUCUUGGUUUGGGGUGAUAAUCCCCGUUUGGCUUUCAGUAUAUCAAUUGAACCGAAAAUCAAAGCCCCACAACUUGCCCUACAACAAAAUGUUUAAAAUGGCCCCUUAUGAAAACUAAUGGCUUAAAUAUUGACUCAAAGUUCUGCCCAUAUUUUACUUUACUUUUGAAGUUUUUAUUAGUACGCUGUAGCUUGAGAAGUCAUAAAACCCCAAGAAUUACAUUGUUCUUGGAUCUUUUUCACGUACGAGGAACUUUUGCCAGCGCCGUGCUUGUAUUGUACUUAAACAAGUUGAGCAGUUCUAUGUCUUGUAUCAUGUUAGAGAAAAAGAUUAAGACUAAUGGGUUUCAAGUAGGGUUUAAAUCACUUAAAUUGUUGAGAAAAUUUUUGGCGAUGUAAUAAAUUUAUUCUUACUUUAAUUGCAACAAGCAUUUUAUUAUAUUUCAUUUGUCUGCAGUCAUAGAGUAUUACUUUAAACAAGUAUUUUUACAAUAUAUUGUAUUUUUCCUAAUGUAUUUUUGAGGAAUUAGCACUUUAGAUGUAUUUGUGUAGAAUAGAAUUAUUUUUGUAGCGUCAGGUGUUAAUGAACUUUGUAUCCAACAUGA